UCAAAAUUUCCCCCCAAACCCACCAUCCUUAACCCCCGGCCCGUCAAUCACCUGCCACCCCCACCAUCCUCUGAUCACGUACUCUGGCGAGCACCACCAGGACUGCCACUUCACUAGCAAACCUGCACGACCACCACACCGUCGAACACCCACCGUGAACAGUCGAUUCACGUUAUUUCUUGCAGGGAUAUUGUGAGUGUUUGUGUUUAUAAGAAACCAAAUGUUGUUAACAAACAUGAAGUCUAAUGGCAUCUCUCAUGGUACAAAUCAUAGUUCUCCAAAGCCCUCAGGAGAAAGUGUUAACAUAAGAAAAGUUGAAACAAGUGUUGAGAAGCAAGAAGCAAUGGGUGUUAAAAUCACCGAUCAAGAAACUGUUUCUCCCAUCGGAAAAACUCCAAAACCUGAACCUUCAAAUUCAAGUCCUGUUAGCGCAGCAUCAGGCUCGGCUUCUCAUGAAGAAAAUGUCAAUGCUGGUCUACAUAUGUCAUCAAACACUAAUAGCUUUCGUUCCCCUAUCAACAUACAGCGAUCACAGGUUGUAAUGGGGCCACGAUGGAAAGGGAAAGGGUCGGAAGCGAAAGCACUUGCAAAUCCCAUUUCGAACUCCAUUUCAGAUCUUCAAUCGUCUCUACUCAAAUCCAAUUCUCAAGGAAUACUCUCAGGCUGCAGCGUUCUUCUUGCAACUAAUCCUCAACAAACCGAGCUUUUAAACCAAACCUGUUUCGGUCGACCGAUUAUCACAGUUGACAAACAUAAACAGUGGUUUCAGUUUACUUUAGAGGAAGCCUUUUAUCUAUGCUUUUCUCUAUCAUGUAUGAAGAUAGUAGACGGUGAUCAUAUUCUAAAAUCAAAUGACGAGUUAUGGGAGUAUAUGGUUUCCAAACAGCCAUAUUUCAUUAACAGUUUCAAGGCUUAUUCUCAUCUACGGGUCAAGAAUUGGGUCGUGAGGUCUGGGUGUCAGUACGGUGUUGACUUUGUCGCGUAUCGUCAUCAUCCUUCACUUGUUCAUUCUGAAUACGGUGUGCUGGUGUUCUCUGAUGGGAAUGCGAAUAAUCGGUUGAGGGUUUGGUCGGAUUUUCAGUGCACACUUAGGCUUUGUGGUAGUGUCGCAAAGACAUUGUUGAUUCUUCAUGUAAACAGAAAUGGUGAAAAUGGGAUUGGUUCUUGUUCUUCACCUUCUUGUUUAGACAGGUUUAGUGUUGAUGAGCGGACCAUCACACGAUGGAGUCCAGAACGAUGCAGGGAGGAUCAACAAUGUCUUUGCAAAAGUUGAAUGAUUGUCUUGAUAGAAGAGUGUCUUGAAAGUAAUUCUAGGGGCAGUUUGGUUUGUGGAUUGUUUUAAAAAGUUAAAUGAUCGUCUUAUAUCGAUUUGGUGUUUGAAAA